GGCUGAGAAAUCUGAACUUUUUAUCUAAGGUUAUUGGAGCUGGAGCAAGUAUUGAGUUGAAUAUACUCCAUUAAUAUAAUCAAUACACAAACAACCACAAGAGCAUUCACGAAGACUACUACAUCUUGAGAUAUCCUUCUGCUAUAGAAAGCUGCGUCCAGCUAGUCGUUUGCUCACCAUACCACAAUGUCGACAGAAACAUUCGUGCUUCCCGGCGAUCAUAUUGCUUCAGAAUUACUACCUUCUCACCCAAGUUUACCAUUGAAGCUCGGCCCUGGCUUAAGACAUAUUCCGCCAAAUACAAUCACUUCAACUGUAGCAGGUCAGUUACGAACAGAUUCGAGAAAGAAUGCAGUGUGGGUUGAAUUCAAUGCUGGUCGAUACAUUCCAACAGUAGGAGAUCUCGUAAUUGCUUCCAUUAAAAAAUCAGCAGGAGACGUCUUUUAUGCAAACCUUAGCGACUUUACAUCAGAUGCCAGUCUACCAGUCCUCUCCUUCGAGGGCGCCACGAAGAAAACCAGACCGCAGCUUGAAAAGGGCGCACUGGUAUAUGCACGAGUUACUCUUGCAAACAAACAUAUGGACCCUGAACUAGAAUGCGUAUCAGCAUCAACGGGUAAAUCAGAAGGCUUGGGACCAUUGGAGGGAGGCAUGCUUUUCGACGUAUCUCUCGGAAUGGCAAGACGAAUGAUGAUGGCUCGCCCCGCUGAUCAAGGUGGUUUGACGAUACUUGAGGAAUUGGGAGAGGCUGGUGUUUCGUUUGAGAUAGCCGUGGGAAGGAAUGGAAAGGUUUGGGUGGAUAGUAAGACAGUGAAGACUACAUUGGCGAUAGGAAAGGCCUUGAAAGAAACGGACGAAAAGGGUCUGUCACCGGAAGAUCAAAAGAAACUGGCUAAAAAGCUGGGACGCGAGGCUUGAAAUACGAUACCCUAGAAUAGAAUAAUUACGCCAUUGGAGAAGCUUUACAAAAGGCUGAAGCAGAAGAAACGACAACCCCGUACAACAUUCCUGUCAUAUCAGCCCUUACAGGAUAUGACACACGAUCGCAAUCCCUUCCCUCACUCCCUCACUCCCGCCACCCAAAACUACAAUAAUUAUUUGCAAGCUUCGAUUGGGCUUCUCUAUAGCAGUACGUAUGGAGUCUACAGAUGCUUUCAAGCAUGUAUUAUCUAUACCAUUAUGCAAGCCAUAUCGAUAAUCAAUCGCAAUGCAUUCCA